CAGCUUCUUUCAAGGCAAACAGGUGGUCCCUGAGACCCGUCCGGACCCAUGGUCUCCCGUACGGCGCAGGGUGAGCGAUGCCAGCGUGCCAGGGGCCGAGCUAUAUGAGCCAUCAGCGCUAUCUCCCAGGGUCUGAGUUACUAGGAACCUGGACUCGGAAGCUGAAGCCAAGGAUUGAAUGCAGAUACUUCAGUGUGGGAUGCAGGAGAGCUGUCCCAAUGGAAGCGACGAAGGGACUGGCUCUGAGAGUUGGAACAAACUGGAGCGUAUCACCCCUUCAUGCAGCAGUGGCCACUCGUGUCUCGUGGGCUUGCUGUGUUGCUCUGCACCGCUGCAGCUGCCGCAGCACCAUGACUGUGCUCGUCGUGCUCCUGUCCAUGCUGGUCGCAGGUGUCGUGGGGAAUGAGUUUAGUGUCUUAAGAUCACCAGAGUCUGUUGUUUUCCGCAACGGAAGCUGGCCGAUACCAGGAGAGCGAAUCCCAGAUGUGGCCGCACUGUCCAUGGGCUUCUCUGUAGAAGACGACCUUUCUUGGCCAGGACUGGCAGUGGGUAGCCUGUUCUACCGGCCUCAGGCUACUGUUAUAGUGAUGGUGAAAGGAGUGAACAAACUUGCUCUGCCUCUGGACAGUGCUAUCUCAUACCCAUUGGAGAAUGCAGUACCUUUUAGUCUUGACAGCCUUGCAGAUUCCAUUCAUUCUUUGUUUUCGGAAGAAACUCCUAUAGUUUUGGAGUUGGCUCCCAGUGAAGAAAGAGUGUAUAUGGUGGGGAAGGCAAACUCAGUAUUUGAAGACCUCUCAGUAACGUUGGGACAGCUCCACAAUCGCCUGUUACAAGAUAACUCCAUCCUCAGUUCUCUUCCCCUCGAUUCUCUGAGUAGGAACAAUGAAGUUGACCUGCUCUUUCUUUCUGAACUGCAAAUAUUGCAUGACAUUUCAAGUCUGUUGUCUCAGCAGCAGCAUCUAGCCAAGGAUCCUUCUCCGGAUUUGUAUUCCCUGGAACUGGCAGGUUUGGCUGAAAUUGGGAAACAUUAUGGGGAAGACUCUGAGCAAUUCCGAGACGCAUCCAAGAUCCUUGUGGAUACACUGCGGAAGUUUGCAGAUGACAUGUAUAAUCUUUAUGGUGGGAAUGCUGUGAUAGAGUUGGUGACUGUCAAAUCAUUUGACACAGCCCUUGUGAGGAAGACAAGAGCAAUCCUGGAGACAAAACAAGAGAACCCAGCAACUCCCUACAACCUUGCAUAUAAAUAUAAUUUUGAGUAUCCAGUGGUUUUCAACAUGAUACUUUGGAUCAUGAUCGCCUUGGCCUUGGCUGUGAUCAUCACCUCUUACAAUAUGUGGAACAUGGAUCCUGGAUAUGAUAGCAUCAUUUAUAGGAUGACAAACCAGAAGAUUCGAGUGGAUUGAACUUGGCUAAUUUGAGACUUUAAAAGGUUUAGAAAUUGGUUGUUUUAUUAAAAUACACCUUUUAGUGUGGUUUAAAGUAGAUAGUGUACUUUAAAUUUAUAUAUAAAAAAGCAAAUUUUGUUUUGUGUGUGCCUGUGGAUUUUCUUAGAAUAAUAGUAUUGGUAUGAAUUUAAUUGUGUAAUAUAGAUUCUAUAAAUGCUCAAAUAUUGUGACAUAGCCAUUUAAAAUAGCUUUACUCCUUUUAAUAAAGUUUGAAAUACACAUUGAAUGAAAUGUGAAAGAAUGACCUUUGUUGUUUAUGUUAGAAAAUGUACUGAAUUUAUUAGAGAAACUGAAUUUAUUAGAGAAACUUAUCAGUGCUUAACUUCCACAAAAGGUAGACAAAAUUCAUGUUUGGAUUAUUAAAACUGUGAGCUAUUUGUAAAUGUCUUAGUUCUAUGUAAAUACUUCUGAAAUGAGAGAAAAGGGUUUUAACUUUGUGCAGCCCCAUAAUAUGGAUGUGAUUGUACAAUAUCAUUGUUCUGCAACUGUCUCUGAAGGACAAGAUAGCUGGUUUUUAACUUUUGCAUCUAUGAGGAGACCAGCUUUGUGGUGUGUAGAUGAUUGUAGUUACACACACAGAAGCAGAUCCUUGGGAGACAGUGUGAGGCAUGAAUAUAAAAUGUUAUCAGUAACUGUUCACUUGUGAUGUUCCUGUGAUUUGUGGCAGUUUCAUUCUGUGGAAUACUAAGUGGAAGUGAAUGAUUUCUACUUCUCAUAUGAAAGUGAACCAGUUUAUGGUAAGAGUGACAAAGAAUGAUUCCAAAAAUCAACAAUAUAGGACUGUUUCAAAAA